AGUAUAUUCUUCCAUAAGCAAACUGAAAUACCGGAAGUACCAAAAUUCGAGUUUACGGGGAAAUUAAAAAAAAAUAUGAGCUAAACUGGCUUACAAUUUGAAAUACGUUUUGUCUCAACUCAUUCCAUCGCUCAAUAAAAUGGAACAUAUCAGAACACCGAAGGUAAGGUUAGACGUCUAGAUUACACAUCUGGAAUGAAAUUUACCACUAAUUUAUAUAGUUAAUAAAGAAUGGGGUUAAUAAUGCGAAUAGUAUUAUUAAGAUGUAAAGUCGAGCAAUGAUCAAUCUCGGUAAUAAGAUAAUUUGUGUUAAAAACGCCCCCUAAUUAGUAUAACUACUUGACGAGACGACUGACAACAGAUGGCAGUUUAACGCCAUUGCAGAUUACUUGCAGUCGCAACGACAAGAGUCAUUCGAUGAGUAGUAAUCCGAAAUCUGCUUUGAGUGAACUUAUGAAUAAUGCCCACUUUCAAAGAGCCUUUAAUGCAAUAAAGCAUGGUUCUUUACAAGACAUUAUACCAUUUCAAGAUAUUUGGAUAUUCGAAGAUGGAACGCUUAAGGUGGAUAAUGUAAAAUUAAUUGACGGUGUCAAGAAUAAGAAGCAACAGGCAACUGUAUCCGCCAAAGGUACUCUUUACCUGACAGCUACACAUCUUAUUUUUGUGGACUCUUCGGCGAAAAAAGAAAUAUGGAUUUUGCAUAUGCAUAUUGGAAGUAUAUGUAAGCAGCCCUUAAGUCCUAAUGGAUGUCCUCUAGUUAUACGAUGUAAAACUUUUCAAGUGGUUACUUUCAUAAUACCCAAGGAAAGGGAUUGUCACGAUGUAUACUCUUCUCUUCUUAAACUUUCUCAACCCGCGGAAUAUUCUCAACUUUUUGCUUUUCAUUUUACACCUUCUAACGACUUGGCUAACGAGAGUAAAGAGUCAAGUUGGGAAGUGUUCGAUUUGGAGAAAGAUUACGAUCGUAUGGGUAUUAAAGACUCAAAUUGGUUUAGAUAUGACCAAACAAUCAACUAUGCAUUAUGCGACACUUAUCCAAGAUUUAUAUACAUGCCAAAAGGAGUAUCAAAAACUCUAAUAACUGGAACAUCAAAAUUCAGAAGUAAAGGAAGACUUCCUGUACUCUCCUACCUACACGAAAAAAGUUCGGCAGCUAUCUGUAGAUGCGCACAACCAUUAUCCGGUCUAACAGCUCGUUGUAACGAAGAUGAAGAAUUUCUCCAAUGUAUUAUUUCCUCAAAUAAAAACUCCAGUUACAUGUUUGUAGUAGACAAUAGGCCUAUGAUUAAUGCGUUGGCCAACCGCGCCAAGGGGAAAGGUUACGAGAACGAAAGCAAUUAUCAGAAUAUUAAAUUUCAUUUUGCUGGAAUUGAAAAUAUACACGUAAUGAGAAACUCAUUGAAUAACCUAAGGGAAGCUUGCGAAAAAAGAGACUUGUCGAUGACUAGUUGGAUUAAAGCCUUGAAAGAUAGCGGGUGGCUUAAGCACAUAAAAGAUAUCUUGGAUGCUGCUAUCUUUGUUGUCGAUGCUAUAAAAUCUGGAACCAGCGUUUUAGUGCAUUGUUCAGAUGGCUGGGACAGAACUUCUCAAACAACGUCUUUAGCUAGUAUUAUGCUUGAUCCAUAUUAUAGAACAAUAGAAGGAUUUCAAAUACUCAUUCUAAAAGAGUGGCUCUCCUUUGGUCAUAAAUUCUCUGAAAGGUGCGGGCAUUUAUCAACAACAGACAGCAAUGAGGUUUCGCCAGUGUUUUCCCAGUUCUUGGAUUGCGUUUGGCAAUUAACACACCAAUUUCCAAAAGCUUUUCAAUUUAACGAGCGUUUAUUGUUCGAAUUGCAUGAUCAUAUUUACUCAUGUCAAUUUGGGAAUUUUAUCGGAAAUUGUGAAAAAGAUCGAUUAGAUCUAAGAUUAAGAGAGAACACAUAUUCUUUAUGGAGUGAAUUACGUGGAAAGUUUAACGAUUUUCUAAAUCCCUUUUAUGAGAGAGACGAAGAAAGUCAUACGGAUCUGAGAAUAUUGAAACCUGAUACAUCACCUUCUCUAAUCAGGUUUUGGAGAAGCAUGUACCAAAGAUGGGAUUUUGGUAUUCAACCUAGAGAAAAUGUCGCUGAUACUGUUAAUGCUCUGAAGGAACAUAUAUUCUCUUUAAAGGAGCAUACAAAGCUAUUGGAAACUAGAAUAGGAACUCUAUGUAAUUUAUUAAAUAAAGAGGAAGAGAAGAUAAAGGAUUCAAUAUCAAUGAUUUCCUCGUCGGAGUCUAUGGAUUUUAGUACCUUACAGAUAUUGGACGAGUCUAUAUCUGGUCCAGCUACCCCUUCCUUAACUAGUCCAGAUGAAAGUGAAUCCGGUUUUGAAGAAUCUUCUUUCAUCCAUUCAUCGUCUUUAGAAUGCUUACAAGUAGGGAACUUAAUUAACGAAUUGCGAUCUGUUGCUGUCGAUUGGAGGUCAUUAAGAAGUACUCAAUGUUUCAGCUGUACGGCUCCUCUUUAUCAUAAUAAUAAAAAGAAUCAUUGCUGGCGAUGCGGUAGUUUAUUCUGUGAGCGUUGCAUUGGCAGAGCUCAUUCACUUCCAGGUCACAUACGACCGAUUGCAGUACCAGUUUGUAAAACCUGUUCAAGACAAUUAGGCCAAGCGAAAACUCUAAGUGAAUCAUCUUCAAUGGGAUAA